AUGACAGGGCAUAGCAAUAAUACCACUUGUUGGACACUGCUAGAGGAAUAUUGUGGGCCAAGAGAGGGGUUUAUUGAUCAAAUUCAUGAAUAUAUGUUCCCUUCUAUUGAAGAAUGGGUCAUUAUUAUUCUUCAUACUCUUGCAUUUAUCGUUGGAAGUAUUGGAAACUUUUUGGUUUGUUUUGUGGUUUGGAGGAGUAAGCACAUGCAGACAGUUACAAAUCUGUUUAUUGUCAAUUUGGCGGUUGCUGAUUUUCUGGUUGUUGUAAUAUGUUUGCCACCAACAGUUCUUCAAGAAAUAACAGAAACCUGGUUCUUCGGCGAGCUGAUGUGUAAGAUUGCCAUUUUCCUUCAGACCAUGUCUGUAUGCUGCUCCGUGCUUACUUUGUGUGCCAUCAGUGUAGAGAGAUAUUACGCUAUUUGUGAUCCACUGAAAGCCAGAAUUUCUUUCCGAAAGGUCAUUGUUACCAUCAUCGCUAUAUGGAUAGCAUCUGCUUUGGUGUCGCUACCCAACAUCCUGUACAUGUACCUAGCCACCUCCUACCCCGAUAUACCAGAAUAUCUGACGUAUUGUCAAAUGGCGUGGUCCAAUGAAACCGACAUGAUUUACAAGUCCUUUCUGGUCAUAGGUCUCUAUUUGUUACCCAUCUUGGUCAUAGGAAUAUUCUAUUCCAUAAUAUCGAGACAUCUUUGGAGGUCUGGUCCAUAUCCCGUAUUAAAUUUUUCUUUGUCUUGGAAAACUUCCUCGUUUUGUAAAACUCAUCCGAAUCAUGCUGAAACUCAGUUGAUAUCUCGUCGUAAAGUAGCCAAGAUGUUGAUAGCUAUAGUCAUAUUAUUUGUUGUUUGUUAUUUACCAGUCCAUACACUGUUCCUUUUAAGGUCUACGGGGUUACUGCAUCAGUUGGAUAUGAAUUCACCAAUCAUACCUCUACUUUAUCUAGUAGCACAUUGGUUGUGUUACUUUAACAGUGCUAUCAACCCAGUUAUAUAUAACUUCAUGAGCAGUAAGUAA